AUGGUGAACUUUGGUGUCACAUUGUAAAAAUUUCAUAUCAAAAUCCUUAGCAUAAUCAAUCAUUCAACUUCAAUUUAUUUUGUCCAUUCAAAUAAAUUUAUUCAACCGUCAAAAUAUUAACCAUUAUAUUUUUAUAUGAUUUUGUCAUUGCCAUCUCGAUCAUACUGUUAACUGUUCCAAGGAGGUUAAUAAACUGUUCUAAUACUCUGUUACAGAAUGUAGUACCUGUUCCAUUUUUAAAUUACUAUAGAAGUACUGUUUUGAUUUGAAUAAAUUAUUAUACAAGCUUUACUAACUGAUCUACACCUUCCAGUCUUAUGUUUUGUUAAGACCUUAUUAUGAGAUGAAAAUGUAAUUUUAUUUAGUAUACUGUUGAGUGUUUUUUGAAUGUGAUAAUUGAGUUUCUUAUCUAAAAUAUUUAAAAGUGAAUAUAGAACUAUCUUUUUGCAAAUAUUGCUGUAAUAGCCGGUUCUUGAAGAAUGAAGUGCAAGAAUAUUCCGGCUGAGUUCCAUCGUGAAAGAGUUGGCGUUGCAUCUAGUGCAGAUGCUCGAUUCACCCAUAACAAGAUCGAAGAAUGGAUUGAUAAUCUUGAUAUUCAUGCUUAUGGCAGGCUCUAUCUUGAAAUAGUAGAUGCUCCUCCAGUGCUCGAUUUGGAUUUUCUAUCAAUACUAAGCUUGAAGCUUUGGCUUUUCCACUGAAAGUUAUGCUCAACGCUAGUGGAAGGGGAAUAAUUUUCAGUGAAAAGGCCACAGUCCUAAUUGAGACGUUACCGGAAAACAUCGUGUAACGGUGUGCGAGCCUCGGUCCUCUGAAUGGGUCAAUUUCCCAUCCAGAGGGACUAAUUGACAAAUUUCAGUUAUCAGUAAUUUUUAUCUAUAUAAAUAGGAAAUCAAAUUUUAUAGAGUUAGUAAGAGAAGAAUCAGGAAAUAAUUUGUGCGUGUGAGCUCAAGUAUAGUGAGUUUUCUUAAAUCGUAUGUGAGUGUCUCUGAAGAGUCCAAGUUUAAAUUGUUAAAAUGGUGAGUGCCAAACUCUUGUUGUUUUCUUAUAAGCUUAUAGCUCAAAAUUCAGUUUCAUAGAAUGACCGAGGCCCAAACCUACAAUAGUUGCAGCAAGUUAGCAAGUUCCCAAGUAUUGAAAUUAAAAAUUGAAUAUGCCUUCUUUACCUGAAUUGAUUGCUGAAUAACUUUGUUUUGUUUGAAAAUUUCAAAUGUGACAUGAUUCUAUUUAUUAGUUUUGAUUAGUUUAAUAAGCCUGAAGUCGAAUUUUAUGAAUAUUUUUCAUUGAAGUUCCUGGCUCGUAGUUGCUAGUUGCUUAACUAGGUGACAAUUGAAUAAUGAUAAUAAUCUGUGCAUUUGUCACUAUAAGCUCCUAAACCAAUCAAAAGAGAUUUCAUAGCAGUAUAAUUUUAGAAAAUAUUAUUGAAGAGAAGAAACACCCCCUCGAUAUACCUCGCACAGCAGUAGUAUAAUGUCUAUCGAACCACAUGCAUUUUUAUAUAUUACAUAUUUUGGAAAAUUAACUAAGUCAUCGUAUAGAGAGAUUCUCAGCUACAUAAUUUUAUGUACGGUGUGAGUUGAAGAGGCUUAUAAAUAACCAUAGCCACCUCUAAUACAAGGCCCCGGCCUACUAUAUUGCAACGUCGCAGU